AUGAUCUCCCACCGCUUCAUCGUUGUUCUUCGUUUCUUCGCCACCCUUGCAUUCUUACUCGUUCUGGGAGUCUUCGCUGCAUCCAUCAAGGACGAAGUCAUCAAAACCAACCGUUGGUGGCCAAAGACAAACGCCUGGUGGCCCAAAACCGACACCUGGUGGCCAACCACCACGCUCCCCUCCGCCAAGCCCUCGCAGCCCGACCCUCUUCCCUACAUGGUCAUCGUCGGUGAUCGGUAUGCAAGCCACAUCGGAGGUGGCUGUAAGAGCUUCCUCCCCCUGAAAAGCUCCGCCGAGGAGCCGAUGAACCUCGAACGCGUCCGACGCGAGGCCGGUGGCAAGAUGGCUGUUAUCGGAGGAGCGAUCUACGAGAAGACCUGGAUGAUCUAUCUCUCCGAUUCACUGUCCCACGCCGAGAUCGGCGAGCAUCUGGACGCGGUUUGCGAGGCGAUCAAGUCCUCCGGUCUAAGGGGCAUCGUCGAGGGAUUCACGGACCGUGGACGGCACAUGCGGUAUUACUACGGCCGAUUCGAGGACGACACCGUCGUCGCAAUCUCGAAGUCGGAUGCAGUUGAGAGGAUUACUCCUCUGAAGUCUUGGCUCACCAAGCCCUAG